CGGCUGAGAUGUGCAAUUUAGGCGCCCUAAAACAGAUCUAUCCAGCCCACCAGCGAUAAACCAACGACAACUCCAACUCCCACCAGCCAUAAAGGCUUGCCCAUUAAGCGCUUAUCUUCCGCCGGCUUUCUUCAACUGGCCGGCGAAAAUGACUUCCUUCUCGGUAAUACAGCGAUCCUCUUCUUCCAUGGUAGCUGCCGCCUUCUGCAAGGUACGCUUCUCCUCUGCGCUUUUUCUCUUUAAACCUCGUACAAGCCUUGUAAAAAUCAGUGCUUUCGCUUCGAGAAACCCCUCAUUCAAUUCCCUCAGCACAUCUGCAACACCCAAUAACUAUCACCAGCAGCAGCCGCCAUCGCCUCCUCCUUCCUCUGAUCCACGCAUUUUCCACAACCCAAACCGUAAUCCUAAUCAAUGGAGCCCGCAGAAAAACCAGCCUUCCUAUCCAAACCCUAACCUAAUGAGCCACGAUGGACCAAACCAAUGGAGCCAAUCACAGAACCAACCCCCUUCCUUCUCUCGUCCGCCUCCACCGGGCCAUCCUUCUCCAGUGAAUGCUGCUCUGCCGCCUGGUGUUAGCCCUCCAACAGCAGGCCCUGGGGAUCUCAUUGCACUCUCUCGCCAGGGGAAGGUUAAAGAGGCCGUAGAGCUCAUGAACCAGGGUGUUCGUGCUGAUCCCCCUUCCUUCUUUGAGCUCAUCGCUGCCUGUAACGAUGCCAAGCUUUUGGAGGAACUUAAAAAGAUCCAUGACUUCUAUUUAAGGUCACCCUUUCGUGCUGACCUACAAAUCAACAACAAGCUGCUUGAGAUGUAUUCAAAGUGCAGGAGCAUGAAGGAUGCACGUCGGACGUUUGAUGGAAUGCCUGAUAGAAAUAUGGACUCCUGGCAUUUGAUGAUUAAUGGUUAUGCAUCUAACGGUGAAGGGGAUGAUGGUUUACAUCUUUUUGAGAAGAUGAGAGAUGUGGGAGUGCAGCCUAAUUCACAGACUUUCCUUUAUGUUUUGGCUGCAUGUGCUAGUGCAGAUGCUAUUGAAGAAGGAUUUAUUCAUUUUGAAUCAAUGUCAAAAGAGUAUGAUAUUAGCCCUGGGAUUGAGCACUAUGUUGCGAUGAUUGAGGUGCUGGGAAAAUCAGGGCAAAUCCAUGAGGCAUUGGAGUUCAUUGAGAAGUUGCCUUUUGAAGCACCCGCUGUAUUUUGGGAGACCAUGAUGAACUUAGCCCGGAUUCAAGGAGACAUUGAUCUGGAAGACCAAAUGGAAGAGCUCUUGUUGUCAAUGGAUCCAUCGAAGUUUAAUCCCAAGAAGAUACCGACACCACUGGCAAAGAGGCGUGCUGGUAUCAACAUGCUUGAUGGGAAGAACAAGCUCGGGGAAUACCGUCUACCACCCCCUCCACCGAAGGCUCCGCCAGUUAAGGAACAGGGCUAUGUGCCAGACACCAGAUAUGUGUUGCAUGAUAUUGAUCAGGAAGCUAAGGAGCAAGCUCUCCUCUAUCAUAGCGAGCGAUUGGCCAUUGCUUACGGGCUUAUUAGUACACCUGCGAGGACGCCGCUACGGAUUAUCAAGAAUCUCAGGGUUUGUGGUGACUGCCACAAUGCAAUUAAGAUCAUGUCCAGGAUUGUUGGAAGGGAGCUUAUUGUUCGUGACAACAAGCGUUUUCAUCAUUUCAAGGAUGGGAAAUGUUCCUGUGGGGACUACUGGUGAUGUUGCUGCAUUAGGUUUUGGUUAGCUCCUAAACUUCUCACUAUAUUUGAGGUUUAUGGUGUAAAAAAGUUGUUUGCAGUUCGAUCUGAUCUUACAGGCAGGUCGUUUUAGCUGUCAUAAGGACAUGAAUUGCAUUUUCUUAUUGCAUGCUAUGGGUUCUGCUUGUUCCAAAUUGACAGUUCUUACCUUUUUUAUACUUUCUAAUUACUAUCAUAUGGAAGUGUUGGACAUACAAAUAA